ACAGCAAAGUCGACAUACUGAACUAACUCAUUGAACAUUCGUCAGGAUGCGCAUUUGUGCUUCAAUGAUAUAAUGAAGCAUCAGAUAAUUGUAAACUUAAUGCGAUCUGAUAGAAAUUGUUGCACGUUCAAGCUAAAUUCAUUCAGGAACAUCUCUCUUUGAAUCAAUUUACGUUAAUUUGUUAACAGGUGUGAGAGCUGUGAGCUAGAAUUGUCAAACUUCUCACUAGGCAAUUCUCACCUCACUCAUGUUUAUUUUUUGGCAGAAUAUGGAGAUAUUUAAAAAUUACAUAAAUGUUGCUUCAUCGCUCUAGAGAAAUUGAUUGUUAAUAUUUUUAGUAGACAUUACAAUCAAUAGAACGAUUUUGCAGGUUAAAUUGACAAGAAAAUUGAUUCUGCAAAGCAAUAGCAUUAUGACAGAUUAAGAAACGCUGUCUCACUAAUGUUUAUCAGCGCGUAAAACCAGGAUCGAGUAGAAUAACUUGGAUGGCGAUAGCUGUAAAUGAAGCAUAUUAUGAUAACUAAUUUAGUUACAAAGCUGGUGAUUGACCAGCGAUUGUGAUUUUCAUCAAUAUUCGUGAUUAUUUUUUUCACACUGGGAAGAUGUGAUUUUUUCAAUGUUUUUUGCAUAAUGUCACUUUUGUUUUGAGGUGAACGUCAAACAGAGCUGACAACAAAUUGAACACAUAAUUUGCACGCAGCUGGCAAAGUGCUGUCUGGUAGAGGCCGCACAUUGAUAGAUACUGUUCCUAAACUAUAGUUUUGUGGUGUUUUAUGUGCGAAUGACAUCAUGUUGGCCCUUAAAAGUAACAUUUUCGUGGUGUUCACGCUUAUCGUGGUGCGAAUCCAAAGCGCCCUGUGGUCAAUCAUUUCCGAUUGUGAUGAAACAUUCAACUACUGGGAGCCGUUGCAUUACUUGCUGAAAGGUACUGGCUUUCAAACAUGGGAAUAUAGCCCAGAAUAUGCCCUGCGGUCCUACAGCUACCUAUGGCUACACGGUUUACCGGCCAAAAUUGUCGGCCUUGUGGUCGACAACGGUGUUGUGGUUUUCUACUCCUUACGGGUUCUACUGGGUGUCGUGUGUGCCUUGCUUGAAUAUCGUCUCUACAAGGUUCUAAGGCGAAAAUGUGCGGGCGUGGUCUGUAAUUUGUGGCUAUUUUUCCAGCUAGUAAGUGCCGGAAUGUUCAUCUCCAGCACUGCCCUGUUGCCAAGCAGUUUUUCUAUGUACAUCACCCUGGCGACUGUUGCGGCGUGGUUGAAUGAAGACACGAGAACGGCUACAGCUGUAACAGCAUUUUCCGGAUUGAUUGGCUGGCCAUUUGCUGUAAUUGUAGCUGUCCCUUUUGUAUUGGAGCAACUGUUAUGGAAAAAACAGAUUGUACCUUUCGUUAAAAAUGCACUAUUUUUUGGCUGCUUAUUCGGCAUUCCUAUAGUGUUGAUCGACAGCGUUUACUUUGGAACAUUCACAGUGGCUGCAUUCAACAUAAUUCGCUACAACGUGUUCACCUCCCAUGGGCCUGAUCUGUACGGCGUUGAGCCUGUAAUGUUUUAUGUGAAAAACCUGUUUCUCAACCAUAACAUAACGUUCACGCUUAGUUUGUCGUACCCUGUGGUGGUAAUAGUAGCCGCCAUGCUUGGUGUAAGGAACACGAAAAAUCGCCUCUCCCCGAUGCAAGGACUGUGGCUGAUGACGCCACUAUAUCUCUGGCUGAUUGUAUUUGUGGUUCAACCUCACAAAGAGGAACGGUUCAUGUUCCCUGUCUAUCCGUUAUUUUCGCUCGGCACGGCGCUGCUGUUGGAUCAAACGUUUUCCCACAUAAAACGUUACUUCGGAGCUCCAAAGUCGUCAUUUGCAAACCGCGUCAUGGGUUUUGUUGUGCUCGCAACUGCACUAGGCUUAGGUGUGUCGCGAAUGAUGGCAAACUCCAUGCACUAUCGCGCUCCGAUGACCAUUCUGAACGGGUUGCCUCCAGCGAACGAUCAAGAAAUGAGUGUGUGCUUCGGUAAAGAAUGGUACCGCUUUCCCGGUAGCUUCUUUCUUCCACCGAACUACCGUGCACGCUUCGUCGAGUCCAGUUUCACCGGAAUGUUGCCGGCAUACUAUCAGGAAACUCAAAACGGAACGCAAAUCGUGCAUGAUUACUUCAACGAUCAAAACAAAGGACAUCCGCACAUGUUGUUUGAGCUGAGCGAAUGCGAUUAUCUCGUGGAUUUCGAUACGGGCGCGUUCUAUGAUGAACAAAACAGGGAACCAAACUAUUCUGCCGACCGUAAAACGUGGUCCAUUGUGAAUAGUAUGAAGUUUGUACACGCUGCAAGAUCUGAUUUAUUCGCUAGGGCUUACUAUGUGCCUUCGUACCCGUACUUAGCGUAUGGGAAGUACAAUUUAUUGCAGCGGAUAAGGAUUAAAUAAUCGUUGACGUGAUGACGAGAUCAAAUUGCAUGUUACGUUAUAUUUUGAUACACAUUUAAAGUAUAUAUUUAAGGAUAAGGAUUAAGACAAGAAGUGUGAAAAACUCAUACUGAAUAACCCGCUUCUAAGGGUUCUAUUAAAUGAGACGGGCAAGACUUUUUCCAAUAGCUCACGGAAGUUUAAACGCAAAAUUAUGCUCUCCUAUUAAAAGUAAAAUAUCUUGAUUAUGAUGAAAAGAUGUUGAAAAAACGUGAAAUAAAAUGAAUCUGUUAAAAAGUUUUACAAUCAUACCCAGUGCCAUUCCACAUACGGAAUUGAAGCAUAAAAGGUUACUGGUAAUAGUUAGAGUAGGUUGUAUCAAGUGUGGGAACUAUUGGAAUAUAUCCAGGACGUCUGAUUGCGACAAA